GCGGAGUGGCUGUCCCGUGGACGAAUCUCGGUGCGUGCCACCGCGGUCUAAAAAAUUAAUUAACGAGUUUCGGAGAAUCCGUGUCACAAAGGCGUGAGGUGUGCGCGUCGUUUUUCGGUGGAGUGUGCGAGAAGCCCGUCGUCUUUUCGCUGCCGUGACGACGGCUGCUGGGACGUGGAAUCGCGCGGCGGGAUUCUUAGUGCUGCGGACCAACGAGAUAUGUCAGUGUUUGGUGGUGAGGAUCGAAUUCUGCUCGAGGAAAUCGUUGAAACCACCGAGGAGCAGGAGACUAAUUUGUGCGGAAGUAUUGGAACGGUAGAGGAGGGCUCGGUGACCACGAGCCUGACGGUCGCCGAGGUCGCUGAUUCGCAAGAGCAACAACAACCGCAAUCGAAGAGCAACGGCGCAGUAUCUCGCCGUGUUGCUGGUCAGAACGUUGCGCUGAGCAACGGGAACAGUACCAGCAACGUCGGCCGCGUGACACCGCGAAGCCACAUGGAGCAGGAGAAGCGUAUGCGGCGAGAAAUCGCCAACAGCAAUGAACGACGUCGGAUGCAAAGUAUUAACGCCGGUUUCCAGUCGCUGAGAACGUUGCUGCCGCAUCACGAGGGCGAGAAACUUUCUAAG